UUCAGGAGGAGCGCUGCAAACACAAACUGGAAUGUGUGAGUGGGCUCAGUGUUUGCUCUGGACGGAGCGGCAACGACUAUUCGUCGAGGUGGGGGGGUGAAAAAUAAAGCGACGAUCAUCCAUCACUCAUCCGGGCAGCUGGUCCGUCUCUCUGGGAAUGAGAUUUUCUGAACUGUCACUGAAUCGGUGCUAAAAUCCUCCGCGCAGAAAGCGAAAAAUCACUUUUGUGUUUUUUUACAUAUAUAUAUUUUUCUUACGCAUGGAUGGAGAGGCGCAGGUAGACGGUCGGAGACGCCGCUGAGGAGCCGCUGUCGUGAAGUUUUUCCAGAGGAGUGUCGUCACGAGUUCCGGAGAUCAUGGCGACCGGAACCCACUCCCCCGGCGGGCCAAAUGGCAUAAUCCGGAGCCAGUCGUUUGCGGGUUUCAGCACACUACAGGAACGGCGCUCACGAUGUAACUCAUUCAUGGGGAACUCUGCAGUGCAGAAGAAGCCUCAGUCCAAGCCUAAGAAGCCCCACCUGUCAGGCCACAAGGGAGGCAGCAGCUCCAGAGAGCCGCAGCCCAAGAGACUGGAGGAGGUUUACACAGCACUCAAACAAGGCCUGGAUGAAUAUCUGGAGGUUCAUCAGACGGAGCUGGACAAACUCACAGGUCUGAUGAAGGACAUGAAGAGAAACUCCCGCCUGGGAGUGCUGUAUGAUCUUGACAAGCAAAUCAAAACUAUCGAGAGGUACAUGAGACGUCUGGAGUUUCAUAUUAGCAAGGUGGAUGAGCUAUACGAGGCCUUCUGCAUCCAGAGCCGUCUCAGAGAGGGUGCCAUCCGGAUGAAGCAGGCCUUUUCGUCCUCGCCCUCCACCAAAGGCACCAAAGAGAGUAUCGCGGAGGUUAAUCGUCGGUACAAGGAAUACACAGAGAACAUGAGCGCAUUUGAGAGCGAACUGGAGAACCUGCUCGGGGAGUUUCAUAUCAAAAUGAAAGGUUUGGCAGGAUUUGCUCGACUCUGUCCUGGAGACCAAUAUGAGAUCUUCAUGCGUUACGGUCGCCAGCGGUGGAAGCUGAAGGGGAGGAUUGAAGUAAACUCCAGGCAAAGCUGGGAUGGAGACGAGAUGGUCUUCAUGCCCCUCAUUACUGACCUUAUUAACAUCAAGGUGACGGAGCUGAAGGGUUUGGCCACACACAUGCUGGUGGGCAGCGUCAUCUGUGAGACCAAGGAGCUAUUCACUGCCGUGCCUCAGGUGGUGGCUGUGGACGUCAACGACCUCGGGACCAUCAAACUCAACCUGGAAGUCACGUGGUACCCCUUCGACGUGGAGGACCUGACUCUGUCGUCUGGCAACGUGAGCAAAGCUGCAGCUCUCCAGAGACGAGUGUCCGUCUACAGCCAGGGCACACCGGAGACCCCCACCUUCCAGGACACCUCCUUUUUUUCCACACUGCCCGACGAUGUCUUUGAGAAUGGCGGCUGCGGUGUGGCUGAGUGCAAGCGUCUGUCCUUCACCUUCUCUGAUACGUCUGGUUCUACGCCCAGCCCCAGCCCUGCCCUGAGCUCCUACUCCCCGGGCCAGUCCAACCCUGAGAUUACUGUAACUCCUCCGGAAACAGAACCAUUACCUACGCAAAUCCUCCCAACUAGGGAGGACUCCAUCGCAGAGGAGCAUUUAGUGGAGGAAGAGGAGGAGGAGGAGGAAGAGUACGAGGAAGAUGGGGAGACGGGCAGUAGAGGAAGCAGGGGCAGCAGGACCAGUGCCAGCAUUGCCAGCGACGAAGCCGAAGCGGCCGAAGACUCGGAGUGGGAGCGCACAGAGUCUCAGCGUAAUUCUAGCUCCAACUGUGGUUCGGCUGCCCCGUCCUUGUGUUCAGAUGGACACCUGUCCACAGUGGCUCCCGAGGAUGUCUUCCUGGAUCACGCCGAUGAGCUGAAACCUGUGGAACUGGACACAGAGGAGGCGGGCAGCCUGACGAAGCAGCUCGUGAAGAGGCUGACUUCCUCAGAAAUGAUGCCGCCCAGUGGGAGUGCUGCUGAGGGUGAGGGAAGUCUGAGCUGGGCGGGAGAGGGAAGCAGGGCUUUCCUGGAGAGCAGCCUGGAGGAGGCCAUCCACAGCCUGCUGACCAGAUUAGAGUCGCUGACUCAUCGCUGCAGAGAGCUGCAGGACCUGGAGCAGGAAGUGAUGCGUCUGGAAGACCUACUGAAGUGCCGUCUCCCGGGUCACAGGAGUCGAUCCUCUAGCCUCAGUCUGACUGUGGAGAGUGCCCUGGAGAGCUUUGACUUCCUCAACACCUCUGACUUUGAUGACGAUGAUACCGGAGACGAUAACGCCGUCAUCAGCAUUCCCCCACAGAGGUCUCCGAUCUUUGAUGCAGAUGGAGAGAGGAUCGGGGCUCAGCAUCCAGAAGCCAGAGGACACCUGAGCGAAGCCCUGACAGAGGACACCGGGGUGGGUAACAGUGUGGCAGGAAGCCCCCUCCCACUUACCACUGGAAAUGAGAAUCUGGACGUGGCUAUUGUCAUCCACCUUCAGUACUGUAUUCACCUCAUACAGAUGUUGACCAGUGGGGUCAGUGUCUGGCAGCGUCGCAGUGUCCUCCUCAAAUUGUCAGGACAGACCCAGCUGCUAGAGGAGUUAGCAGAGAUCAGCGUGGACAAACUGGGAGCAAUAACAUCUGCUGCUGAUGUCCUCCCGGGCCUCGUGGAGCGCCCCCAGCUGAUGACUCUGUGGUCAGAGUGCAGCGGCUCUGAGGGACUUUUCCACACCACGCUGGACAGAGUGUUCAAACACAUGAAUCAGCGCUACACGGCGGUGCUGCAGGAGAACCGCCCACACGGCGCCGAUACAGCGAUUAGCAUGGUAGUGGGUGAGAUGGUGGACAGGAGCGACCUGCUGGCGGCACAGAGUCCUCCCGCUGCUGCGCUCUCUCAGGACGUCCUGACUGUGUUUCAGUUCUACAGCUACAUCUUACAACAUGAAGUCCAGGACAUGGAGACACACCUGCUGCACCUGGCCAGAGAGGAGGUGUUUGCAGAGGUCCUGUGCAGCGGAGACUAUUCUCGCUGUCUCGCAGAACUGGAGGAGGUACCUUUGUCAUCUCUCUGGCCUGGAAGCAGAACCCUAAGGGCCCUGGCAUCCCUCCUCACUGCAGAGGACCCUCAGGUCAACAAGGCAGCCGCCGACUACCUCUCUUCUGGAGCGUCAAACAAGCACUUCAGGACCAGGGCAGUGGAGUGCUACACCCAGGCACUGUCGGAGGCUGGAGUACAGAGUCAGAGGGCAGCCUGCUCAGCUCUCAGCUGUCUGGAGGCAGUUGAGAGCAUCAGAGCAGUGGUAGCGCUGUGCGAUUCAGCUGAUGAAGAGCUGCGUCACGUGGCCAUAGAAACCCUGCUCACGUUCGGUGAGGAGGGGCGCCUGGCGUACGAGCAGCUGGACACUGUGCCGGGGGAGAUGAUCCGUCUGGGCACACGGCGAGGAAACGCCGUCACCACUGCCUUCUGAGCCAUCACUGAAAAGAGAAACGGACUGCACCCGGACCUCCGAGGACAACACUUGCCUCCUUAGCUCAACCCACACAGCACACCUCACAGGGCCGUUAACGACUAAUCUGUUCAUCGAUCUGCUUUCUAGCAACGACAAACGUUUUCACUUAAACUGCAGUUAAUCACUGUUACUCACUGCCUCCUGAAAGGAAGUAACACCAAACAAGUUGUCUUAACCACAAGGACACACAACCUAGACCCCUCCUGACGCACGCUUACACUCCUCCUCCUCACCCUGCUGUCUGAGCCAGGCACACACCGGUCACGUUAAGUUGAAUUGAAAAGCACAAAUUUUGACUGGACACAAAGCGGCUGAGAGCUGCUCCAAAGACUGUGGAAAUCAAGCACCGGGUCUUCACCCUCCUGUCAAAAAGGCUUCCGAGAACACCCGUCUCACGCACUCUCUGAAUAAUCUCAAGUUUUACAGAUUUGUUGUACCACGCAAUAUACUAUGAUCUUUGUAUAAUCACUGUUAACAUGCGUUCACCUAGAUUAGAAGUGCUUUCUGACGCUUUCGGAAGACCUGCACUGUUGUAAGGCGUGUAAAUACGGCUUAGUUUACACGUGAUACACGUGGUUGUGUUCAAGACGUAAUUUUCAGGGAUUCUCGUGUGGUUGAAAGACCUGUGUGUUAUUUGGCAGGGAGGAACAUUAAUAAGAUGAGGUCACAGCGGUCCAGGGGAGACGGGGGUUUAGCACAGUGCCCAGCGUUCACUCACGCAGCAGUUUGCGUCUGAGAUUUCUCCUACUUGCAGUUUAACAAGUGCAAUUUUUUCUGUACAUAUGUGAUUUUUUUUCCUUUUUUUUUUUUUUGCACCUGGCUGACACGUGAAGCCCAUUUGAUAUCGUCAGCUUUUGACCUUUUGAGCCUCGCUGUGGCUGAGCUGGCACAUUACACAAAUACUCUUUUUGUAAAUGUAUGUUUUGUUUGUUUUUCCUACAAGGUCAGGAGCCAGUCGAGGGCAAUAAACUAGGCAGAGGACCUCAUGAGAAUGCACUUUCUCGGCAGUUGUGCAGAGAGGAUGAGUUGAGGCAGCACGCGAGCUGAUAGCAGGAUAAGACAUUAAGCUUUUGGCCUUUUCUGUCACACUUUGGGUCUGCUCCAUGCGAACGGUUUAAUGGGAACACUGACCCAGGGGAGGCAUCUAUCUCCAGCUUUUCUCAUUGUAACUGUACUACUGAGUCUGGUGCUGCUGCACAGUGACAAAACUCACAAGCUCACACGUCAUAUAUUUAUUAUUUACUCCUUGUUAUUCUAAUAUUCUGUCAUGUUAUUUUGUAUUAGAGCAGACCACAUUGUUAUGUAAAUGAUUGUAUAUUUAUGCUCUACUUUCAGGUCUGGUAUUUGAAUUAAUGUCUUUUGUUUAAAAAGGCCUCUGUGUUUUUACCAUACGACUCGUGCUUGAUUAUAAUUGGGAGUUUAUUUUCAAUUUAAUUAUAUUAGAUUGUUAUUUUGGAGAAUAUUAAGAUUUGCUAAUAGUAAUUAUAGAUUUUGUUUUCCCUAAAAGGUCCCCAAACUAACGGGGCAUUUAUAUGAUAGAGAUGUUACUUUAUUAAGUAGAUUUACUAUAACCAAAGGAAAAAUCUUGGGAUUUUAAAAUGGUCUUUUAAUAAGAGCUCAUCCAGGAGAAUGUAUUUUGCAGUACAGCGUGUACAUUUGGACCAGAACCCUCAGACUUAUCUUUGGAAGCACAAAAAGGAAAAAAAAGGCAAACCCGUAAUAUGAGGAUCUCGUUACAUCUGGUUGUAACUGCACAAUCCAAAAGCCAUAUUAAAAAGCAAGUGGUUAGUAUUUUUAUGAAAGGUAUUCUUUUGUAAUAUAAUCUGUAAAUGCGUGAAGUUGAUACUAAAAGUUGUUUCUUUUUUACUUUCAUGCAGCCUUUUGCAAAACGUGGUCCAAAUUUAAAUUCCUUUUCGAGAUGUGAACAGCAUUACAGUAUUUUGGUCCAGUAACUCACUCGGUGUCUAAUUUUCUCUCUUCACAAACUCGCUGUUGACCUAUUUAACAAGUAAAUUGGUGGACUGUUCAGUUCCUUAGCACCGUAUAUAAUACAAGGUGGCAAAAUGUGCACGUUUAAUUUAGAGGUUUUAAUAAUAACUGCUGAAACUGAACUUCACCCAUCUUCGUGGUCAAUAGCUUCAGUACUGAUUCAUGUGGUUGCACACUGCUCUUCUCCGUCGUGGUUCCUCUGCUCAUCAAGAAGUUGCAAUAAAGUUUAUUUUUGCAUACCGGUAAUUAAAAACUGGAUUUUUCUUUCCCCA